AAAAAGCAAGAACACAGCCACCCUAAAUUAAUCCCUACUCGACGCUCUCAUGGACGGAGGAGGAUGCUUCGGCUAUGGACAUUCAGGGAUGGAACACCCUCAUUUUCAUCGACCCACUCCACCAUUAACGGCCAUUGAUAGAUUUCUGUGGAGCACUAAAGAAUUUCCACAGAGACAGAUGGAGAGGAGUUCAGGAAUUAGAGAAACACUUGGUUCUGCAAGUGGGUUUGGUCAAUUUUCUUCUUCUGGUGCUCUUCUUCAAGAUAUAAGAUUUGUUGAUGGGCUAUUUGCUGAAGGACAAGAGUGUUUUAACGUUUCAGAUGAGAGGGGUCAUAAGAUGGGGAAGAGAAUGAGAGGUGGUGCUUCGGUAAACCUGAUUAAAGGACAGUGGACUGAUGAAGAGGAUAGGUUGUUGGUAACAUUGGUGAAGCAAUAUGGAGAGAGAAAAUGGGCUAAGAUUGCACAGAAGUUGGUGGGUCGAGCUGGGAAGCAGUGUAGAGAACGAUGGCAUAAUCAUCUACGCCCUGAUAUCAAGAAGGAUACAUGGAGUGAAGAAGAAGAGAGACAGUUGAUUGAAGCCCAUGAAAAGGUUGGGAACAAAUGGGCAGAGAUUGCAAAGAGAAUACCUGGGAGAACUGAAAAUGCAAUAAAGAACCAUUGGAAUGCUACUAAAAGAAGGCAGAAUUCAAGGAGAAAGAACAAAAGAGCACAAGGCCAUGGAGAAAAAGCUCAAAUCUCUUUACUACAAGAUUACAUCCGAAGGAAGACCCUCAUGAAUGACAACUCCACCACCAAAACUGGAUCAUCAGUUCCAGAACCAUCUCAAUAUUCCACAAUAAUGGAUGGAUCUCCAUCUUUGUUUAACCACUCUUAUAAUGAAGAACUACUCUUCAUACAGAAGCUCUUUGAGAGCAUACACAAACAACCAUCAGAUGGCUCUAUUGUGGGUUGUGUAGAAGAGGAAGAACCAUUUUAUGGGAAACUUCAAGAGCUUCUUUCAUUGGAUUCUCUCUACUCUUUCAAUGAUAUUGAUGACCAAACAUUCAUUAAUAUGGAUGAGAUUAUUGGCUCUUCUUCCUCUACCAACCCAAGCACAAAUAUAGGUUGUAAUGCUAACAAUGGCAAUGACUUCCUAAAGCUGGAAGACACAAGCGGAUCACAUCUGUGGUCAGAUAUUUAUCUCGCUUAUCUGCUCAAUGGAUUCAGUUCUCCUUCUUCCACCAACCCUGAUUACUUAAACCCAAACAUGGAGCUGAUGAGGGAUAAAACUCCUACAAUUGUGAAGGAGGAGAUGGAUUUGAUCGAGAUGGUUUCUUCAUCUCAAUUCUCUCAAAGAAGUAGCAAUACUAGCUUCCAAUACUUGGGAAUGUGAACUAACUGAGGGUGUGUAUAUAUUUAUACACCUUAGAUGUAUUGUCAAUGGAUUUCAAAUUGAAUAAUUGGGUUAGUGGUAAAGAUAAAAUACAAUCUCAUUCUUUCUCGUGACUUCAAAUUGAA